CGGAUGUCACCUUUGUAUACAAUAUGGCCGACUACGGGAGUAACGUCUAACAGAAACGUCAUACUUUUAAAGAUUUUUUCAUAUGGUUAUCUGGAUUGUAUUAAAUCAAAAUGGCAGAGCCGAAUAAAGAAACAAAUGAAAUUGAAGAAGCGAACAGCGUGUCAGAAGCGGGCAGUGUUGAAGAACUUGAUGUUUUCGAUGAUAUAGCGGUUGCGAAAGACGGAAUUCAUAAAUUGCUAAACAACCAAUUUGAAGAGUCCUUACAACUCUUCUUGAAGCAUAAAGAAGAAAGUCCCCUGAUGCACGCUGGAUACAGCUUUGUGUUUUUUAUGCAAGGGUUGAUGUCUUUUGAAGAGGAACUUAUGGACAAAGCUUUAAAAGCACUUGAAGAAACAGAGAAAAAGUGUGAAGUCAGCGAUGGCUUUGUUAAAUCCAUCCGCAAAAAGUUUUCGUCAAAGAAGAAAAGGGAUAAGAUGUCACAGAUUAGUGUAGAAGAGCGUAUUCAGCGUCAGAUUGUUGUCGGGGACUCCCUCCUAUAUCAGGCCAUUCUAGUCUUCACUGGCCAGGACAUUCCAAGCUACAUCAAAGGUGGCUGGCUACUCAGGAAAGCUUGGAAAAUCUACGAAAAGAUCUACAAAGAGGUGACAGGUUUGAGAGAAAAAUCAAAACUGAAGAAAUCUGGGUCAAAAUCGAGUGUCUCAGAUGUCAGCACUACAUCAAAAGGAUCAGAAGGCCCGAUUGAUGGCAACGACAAUGAAAUCCCGUCAGAGGUUUUGGACAGACUGCAAGGGGCUGUGAAUUUCGGUUACGGAACAUUUCAGAUUUGUAUAUCAAUGAUUCCACCAAAGAUAUUGAAAGUCAUUGAAUUCUUAGGCUUUGAAGGGGAUCGUGAUGUAGGAUUACAGUGUUUGAAUUUCGCAUGUAAUUCAGAUUCCAUGAAUGCCCCACUGGCCACUCUGGGGUUGUUGUGGUAUCAUACAGUUUUACGCCCAUUCUUUGCACUGGAUGGAGCCAAUGGAUAUGAUGCAGGAUGCAUUGAGGCAGAGGCUCUAAUAGAAGCCAAGGUUGACUCCUUUCCAAGCUCGUGCCUGUUCCUGUUCUUCAGGGGACGAAUACAUCGACUUAGAAAACAGACAGACUUGUCUCUGAAGAUGUACAGUGAUGCCUAUAAGGCUGCGGGUGGCCAGAAGGAACUAGAACUAAUGUGUCUCUAUGAAAUAGGGUGGUGUAGUUUGAUGCAGUUAAACUGGAGAGAAGGCCUGAAAGCAUUCACCAGGCUUCGUCAGGAAACCAAGUGGUCCAAGUGUUACUACACUUACAUGGAGGCUGUGUGCUUGGGUGGCAUGGGUGACAUCAACGGGGCAUUCCAGCUCUUCAAGCAGGUACCGGGCCUCCUAAAGAAGAAGAACAACCAGAUUGAGGCGUACGUGUCAGCCCGCGCAGAGAAGAUGAAGCGUGCGCAGCCCAGUCAGGAGUUCUGUCGCCUGCUGACCCUGGAACUGAUCUUCCUGUGGCACGCCCUGCCCACCCUCACAGCUGAGGAGCUCAGACCCUACCUUGAUGUGUGUGACAUGCAGACAGAUCCCAAGUCACUGCACAUAAAAGCUCUGCUAGAAGGUGCCAUUUUUAACCAGCUAGGGGAAAAAGAUAUGGCACUUCAGUGUCUGGACGAGGCAAUAGCACGUCACAGUGGUAUGAAGGAUGAUCUCCACAUCCCACCAUUCGCUCUGUUUGAGAUGGCGUCCAUCCACAUGACCAAACCUGAGACUAGUUCAAAAGCUCAAGCUAUGCUUUCGGAAAUCAAGGAGAAGCAUAAGGAUUACGAUUUCGAGAAUAGACUCACGGUUCGAGUGAACAACGCACUCAAGCAGCUGAAGAAAGCGUCCGCGUAAGAAACAUCAUCACACUGACUAGUCUGAAACUCUAGUCUGAUAGCGAGAGAAUCAUAGUAUUACCUGUAUAAGACUGUUUAAUGUGGAUUUUUUUUUGUAUAGAAAAUCAAAGUUUUGUUACUCGCAGAGAAAUUUUGAAAAAAAAAUAUGAAGAAUUUUGUGUUAUACAGUUGACUUGGAUCUAGAAAUGUUUAUAUAAAUUAUUAUUUAUCUUACAAAAUUGAAACAUGUUGAAUGUAAAUGUAAAAUAAAUUAACAACAUCA